CCGGGGCUUGGGGAAUGUUCUUCCUCGACUGGUGGAGCAGUAGGACAGUCUCUAAAGCUGUUUUUGGGGCAGCGCUGAGACAGCUGGGCGUAGAGCUCCCGGGAAGGCAUAGCAGCCGGCGGGAGCGCCCCUCGGACUGGGGUUCAGCCGGGCCACUGGAAGAGGCGUGGAAGCUGGACUGCAGCCGCCAACCUGAGCCAUGGAGCGCCGCGCCCUUCUGCUCCUGCUCUUCGCUUUCCUGACGCCCGGGGCCCCCAUCCCCGUACCGCCGGCCCUGAAGGCCCUCAGCAACCUGCACUUGUCAACCAGAUUAACAUCCCGCCCCGCUAUAGACAUAAAGUACUCGAUUCACUACAUCCAACAAAAGGUUGAUCAUUUUGGAUUUGAUACUGAUAAAACUUUUAAGCAGCGGUACCUAAUAGCUGAUAAACACUGGAAGAAAGAUGGUGGGUCAAUACUUUUCUACACUGGUAAUGAAGGGGACAUUACCUGGUUUUGCAAUAAUACGGGGUUCAUGUGGGAUAUGGCUGAGGAACUGAAAGCUAUGUUGGUGUUUGCUGAACAUCGAUACUAUGGAGAGUCCCUACCCUUUGGUGCCAACUCAUUCAAGGAUUCCACACACUUGAAUUUUCUGACAUCAGAACAAGCUCUGGCCGAUUUUGCAAAGUUAAUCAAACACUUGAAAAGAACAGUCCCAGGAGCUAAAAAUCAACCUGUCAUUGCCCUAGGGGGCUCUUACGGUGGCAUGCUUGCAGCCUGGUUCAGGAUGAAAUAUCCUCAUAUGGUGGUUGGAGCUCUUGCAUCCUCUGCCCCCAUCUGGCAGUUUGAGGAUUUGGUACCUUGUGGUGUAUUUAUGGAGAUUGUAACUGCAGAUUUUAGGAAAAGUGGCCCAAAUUGUUCAGAGAGCAUCCGCAGGUCCUGGGAUGCCAUUAGACGACUCACAAGUACGGGCCCUGGCUUGCAUUGGCUUUCUGAAGCCCUUCACUUAUGCAGCCCAUUAACAAAUUCUCAGGAUGUCGAACACUUGAAAGACUGGAUCACUGAAACCUGGGUAAAUCUGGCAAUGGUGGACUACCCUUACGAGUCUAACUUUUUACAGCCUUUGCCUGCUUGGCCAAUCAAGGUAGUAUGCCAGUAUUUGAAAAAUCCCAAUGUAUCUGAUCCACAGUUGCUGCAGAAUAUUUUCCAAGCUCUGAAUGUAUAUUACAAUUAUUCAGGCCAGGUGAAAUGCCUGAAUAUGUCAGAGACAGCAACUAGAAGUCUGGGAUCCCUGGGUUGGAGCUAUCAGGCUUGCACAGAAAUGGUCAUGCCCUUUUGUACUAAUGGUAUUGAUGACAUGUUUGAACCUCACUCAUGGAACUUGAAGGAAUUUUCUGAUGACUGUUUUAAACAGUGGGGUGUGAGACCAAGACCUUCCUGGAUCACUACUAUGUAUGGAGGCAAAAACAUCAGUUCACACACCAACAUCAUUUUCAGCAAUGGUGACCUAGACCCCUGGUCAGGAGGUGGAGUAACUGAGAACGUCACAGACACCUUGGUUGCGAUUACCAUCCCAGAGGGGGCCCAUCAUCUAGAUCUCCGAGCCAACAAUGCCUUUGAUCCCACGUCUGUGCUGUUAGCCCGCUCCCUGGAAGUUAGAUACAUGAAGCAGUGGAUCAAAAAUUUCUACGCCAGCCUGAGAAAGAAGCGCUGAGCAACUUUUGAUCAUUUUCAGUUUCUUUUAUGUUGAUUUCACUCACAUUCCCAUUCACUUUGGUUUUCUGCAUGUAAUUACUUUCCUUUGUUUAUCAGUAGAUGUGGCAAGGUGAAGGUUGAGAUAGAAAAGAGGGUGAUGGUGGCAACAGCAGCCAUCCCACACCCCAGGUCCUCGCCAUCUUUGUGCCACCUCCAGGAAGAAUCUCUUUGUGACAGCUUUCCCACAGCAUUAGUGGCCCUCACAACUGGAGCAGAGUUCCCAACUGCCUUUCGCAAGAGGGAGAGUCACUUCUUUUGUUUCUCUGAAAGCAGGAUUUCUCUUCAUUUUGAGGUUGAAGUUUCUUUGGCCCAUUUGUCACUCUCCACCCCUGUCCUCCCAAAAGGAAAAGCUGAACAUAGAUAAAAAUGAUGUAAUUGCAGCUGGUAGGAAGGAUGUCCAAUGCCAGUCCAGGAAAUGGAAGCCAUUUCUUUUGUACUUGAUUUAAUUGCUUUGAACUAUGCUGUAAAUAAAGAAUAAGGCUGGACCUUA